CCAUCCCAAUAUAAUAAGGAACCCACUCCUGGAUUUCCAGUGGAUAUCAUAAUGAGUGUACGUUACUUUCUCCCAAAAAAAUAGAGCUUUUAAAAUUUCAAAAAACUGGAUCACCCCACAGCUCAGAUUCCUAAGUUUCCAACCUAUAUAAUAUCUUUUUAAAGCCUCUUUCCCCUAAUUCCCUCUCAAAUUUAUAAAAGCCUCUUUUCCUCUGCUUUCUAUACAUUUUUACAAGUAUAUAACAACAAAACUAGACGGCGCCGGCGCUAUCACGCCGCCGAUAAUCUUCUCCCAAGAGAAGAGAAAAAGAAAGAAAACCCAUAAUUCUCUUUCUUCUACCUGCUAACAUAUCUGAAUUUAAUUGUCAAAAAUUCAGUCUUUGCUCUAUAAUGUGGCUGGUUAUUGUUUUUUAGCUAUGGUAGCAGAGUAAAGGAGUGAGAGGAGAAGGGAAAAUCUGUGGGUUCUAUCCAAAAAUGUUGUGCAGAAAGAAUUCAGUUAGAUGUGGGCGUGGAACAGUGCCAGUGUAUCUAAAUGUGUACGAUCUCACAUCUAUUAAUGGCUAUGCUUAUUGGCUUGGUCUUGGUGUUUACCAUUCUGGUGUUCAAGUUCACGGAGUAGAGUAUGCAUUUGGAGCUCACGAGUAUCCAACAACAGGGAUAUUUGAAGGGGAACCGAAACAGUGCGAGGGAUUUACGUUUAGGAAAGCAAUUUUGAUUGGAUGGACAGAGAUGACUCAUAGAGAAGUGAGGGGAGUAAUGGAAGAGCUUGCUGAGAAAUACAGAGGAAAUGCUUACAACCUUAUAACUAAGAAUUGUAACCAUUUCUGCAAUGAUGCUUGUCUUAAACUUACAGCCAAUCCUAUCCCCAGUUGGGUAAAUCGACUUGCACGCAUCGGUUUAUUUUGCAAUUGCAUUAUUCCAGUGAGCUUGAACUCAACCAAAGUUGGCCAUCAUCGGAUUGAAGACAAAGCAUGCGAUGAAGGGGAGAUGAAGAAACUAAGAAGCCGCUCUAAUAGACUGACUCCGUCGACGGAUUCAUCUUCAUCUUCGGAGGAAAAGUCGUGCUCUCCGCCGCCAAUCAAAAGUAGAAGCAACAGAAGCAGAAGUCCAGUGCCUUCAUCUUCAGCCUUGAUAUCCACAUAGAUUUCUUGAUAAUGAAGGCCACUCCACAUGAUUUGUUCUGUUCUACAUUUGUUCUUUUGCUCUCCACUUUACUUCAUAAAGCAAACAACUCUGAAAUUUCUGUACAUGAAUGAUUUCUAUGAAAUGGGCGACAGCUCAUCAACAUUAAAUUUGAGUCUUGAAAGGCAAUUAUAAGAGCUUAUUAAAAUAUAAAUAGUUCCGCCAUUCUCCUGAGUUUGCAGUAUGUUGGAUGACAUGUUCAGACCAAGCAAUACUUCAAGACCAAGAGGUCCUAAUUUGGUUUAAAACAAUAACAAAAAAAAACGUAGUAUAAUUUGACACAUCAGAUUUAGGGUGACUAGGAAUCUGUUCUGCUUUUCCUUUUUGAGAAUAAUAAGUUGCCUUUUUGCAGCUUUCGGCAUCAAAAGGCCUCCUUUUCCUCUAGUUUUACCAAAUACCAAACCCCUCACAAAUUUGUUUACCAAUCUUUUAUUCUUGCGCGCCCAUUUCUAGACUUAUGCUAUACCUGAAAUUGGACCCACAAUCUUACCGACCUAUCAUAUGUCACAAGUCAAAACACUAACUACUAGCUCUCUCUCAAACCUACCAUGGAAUAUGGUAGCCUAGUUGUAACACAUGUAUUUGCUGACUUUUUGAUCCGUUCCAAAAAGAAUAACUCUUUCUAAAUUUGGACACAAUUUAGCUUAAAUUUCUAAUUCUACUCUUAAUGAGAAGUUUUUAUAUCCACAUAAAUACUCUCGACCUUUUUUUGACUUGUUUAGAACCACAAAUUUCAAAAGUCUUUAUUUUUUCUUAAACUCCGUGCCCAAUCAAACAGGUUAACGGAGAGAGUGAAAGAUAGAAAGAAAAUCCUUAAGGAAGGAUAACCAAUAAGAGUAACUAUCUAUAUAUUUAUGUUGAAUAAGAGUAGUUGUAUGAAGAAUAGCUCCACUUACCAUUCCAUAUCUUAUCUUAGCAUACAAGUCGGGAAAGGGGGAGGGGGAAUAAAGGAAAG